AUGAAGUGUGAUGAGAAAAGACCAAUAUGUUCCAACUGUAUUAGUUCGCAGCGACACUGCGAGUUUGUGGAGCCUGUGCCUACCGAACAGUCUCGCAGUGUUAGAAGUGAAACUACUACUGCAUCACCCGCUGUUGCAUCACCUGCUGUGGCUUCUUCGCCCGCCCAAGAACCCAGCAAUAAUCCUGAAGAUGCUCCCGUUAAUAUGCUCCAUGUGGAGCUUGUUCACGAUCUCGGUUCAGAGACUAUGAAAACAUUCAACAAUUCUAAUAUCCCCUUCCAAGAUAUUUUGCGGUAUGGCAUUGGUGCGCCAUAUCUCAUGAACGAGCUUUUAUCUCUGAGUUCUUUGCAUCUCAGCAUCGUUAGACCAGGACAGCGGGAUUUCUACCGGCACCACUCUACCCAGCUGCAGAAUUACGCACUGAGCUCAUUCAACAGCUCAUCAUCGCAAAUCGAUGACAACAACUACGUCGCGAUUUUCUUAUUCGCUGGCAUUCUCGGGCUGCAUAUGCUCUGUGAGACACUAGUCUAUCGAGACAAUGACUUUGAAGGUUUUCUUGACCAAUUCGUUCAGUAUGUCGUGUUACACUACGGAGUCCGCACUGUCGCAGGUGGGGGGAGAUGGCAACUUUUACAGCAAACAGCACUGAGACCAGUCUUGGAUCUCGGAGCAAGGAUUCCUUCAGAGAACGAAAGUCUAGGUCCGGUUUGCCAUCUCCUUUUAGAUCGCAUCAAAGGUCUUGGUCACAGUGGCACUACUACAAAAACAUACGAACAGGCUAUCCAGGCCUUGCAGUCCGUCAUCACUUUGAUCGACAGUCAAGUUCCAGGGUCCAAUAGCUUAGAUAUCCUCAUUGCAUGGCCGAUACUUGUCCCUCGCGAAUACAUUGAUCUGGUUGCGCAGAGGAAAUGUGAGGCUUUGGUUAUCUUGGCGCAUUUCGGCGCCCUUGUGGAUACACACAAACACUCGUGGGUAUUCUGUGAUGGCGGCAAGUAUAUGGUUGAUUCAAUCACUCAGUAUCUUGGGCCCCAGUGGGAAGAAUGGCUUCAUUGGCCACGGCAAUCCGUGAUGGCGUCAAUUUCUGUACAAUAG